UUUUUUAAAGAGAGCCGCAGCUCAGAAGGCUGCAUAGCCCUGGGCAGGACACACCAGAGAGAUACACCAUCAUGAACCUCUUGCUGCUGUUGGCUUUGUUUUUCACAGCUGUUGCUGCCGGGCCUUUUCCUCCAAGAAAGGGGCAGCCAGGUGGGCCCCCAUUUGGUGGUCAGCAAAUGGGAGGAUCAAUGGACACAGGUAGACCAAUGGGAGGAUCAAUGGACACAGGUAGACCAAUGGGAGGAUCAAUGAAUUCAGGCAGACCAAUGGGAGGAUCAAUGAAUUCAGACAGACCAAUGGGAGGAUCGAUGGAUUCAGGCAGACCAAUGGGAGGAUCAAUGGAUUCAGGCAGACCAAUGGGAGGAUCAAUGGAUUCAGACAGACCAAUGGGAGGAUCAGUGAAUCCAGGUAGACCAAUGGAAGAAUCAAUGGGUACAGACAGACCAAUGGGAGAACUAAGCAAUCCAGCUAGACCAGUGGGGACAGGGGAAAGGAAACCCCAUCUGCCGGGGAAAGAGCAAAGGCCACCCAGGUCUCAGGAAUACCUCAGACUGGGGCCUUGGGGCGAAAACAUGGGCGGGGAGGGAGCAGAUCCUCAGGAAUACUGGAGACAUCCCAUGCAGGGUAGGAACAGCAGGCAACCAACCAACUGGGUUCCAGUUAACAACAUGCAGGCUUCUGCACAAAGGGGGCCCCCAAACAAGCCACCAGGGGCCCACGAAGGUCUCAGGCCAGGGGGCCCUAUGCCAGGUCAUCCAGAUAUGAGGAAUCCCAGCUCCACUGAUGGUCAGAAAUUCUUCCCCAUCAUCCAGGCAAAUAACGUAACCCUCCAGAAUGCCAGCCUGUACCAUUUCAAAGAGGGUGAAAACAUGUUUCUCCUGCCCAAGAUUCAAGCAGGAGUUCCUCAACCAAAGGGAGGGGCAAAUGCACCACAGGAGAUGGGGUAUGGAUAUGGAUUAUACGGACUUCAGCCAUACCUGAAGGUUUACUUUAGCUCCUCAUCUCCGCAAACAGUUUCGUACGAAUAUGGGAUUCUGAGCCCUGUGAGUAAAGCAGCCCUUGUUUCCAAAUUUUGGUAA